AUGCAGCCGGCCGGGGGCGGGACUCCGAGGCCGGGCCGCGGGGACCGGCUCCCGGGCAGCCUCGGCCAGCUGGCCCCCGCCGCGCCCCUGAUGCUGCUCGUGGACGCCGGCCGGCCGGAGCCCGUGCGCAGCGGAGCAUGCGAGCUCGCGCUCAUCCUGACUCCCGAGCCCGGGGCGGAGGCGAAGGAGGUGGAGGAGGCCAUCGAGGAGAUGCUCCUCAGGCUGCAGGAGUUCUGCUGCCUGGCUGACACGAUCAGAAGGGACACUUCGCAGAUCUUGGAGGAAAACAUCCCUCUCCUUAAAACCAAGGUGAUGGAAAUGCGUGGCAUCUACACCAGGGUGGACCAGCUGGAGGCCUUUGUCAAGAUGGUGGGACAGCAUGUCUCCUUCCUGGAAGACCACGUGCUACAGGCCGAGCGGGACCACGGGCCCUUCUCACAGGCUCUGCGGAGGUGGAGGUGGCUGGGCUCCAGGGGGCUCCCCUCCUUCAGGAAGAAACCGUCUUCGCCGGUGUCCCCGCCGUUCCAGCUGCCCACACUGUACAGGACUGAAGACUAUUUUCCUGUGGGCGCCGGGGAGGCAGCGCCCCAGACCCCGGCUGCCGUCACCGACUGUGAGCGCCGAGGGCCUGCCCCCGGGGAUGUGGGACGUGAGCCUCCGCGUUCGGGGCAGCUGGGGUCUCUUCUGUGUUUAUUGUCGUCGACGUGGCUGCUGAAUCCCGCCUUGCUCGCGUGAGCCGGGUGUGGAGGCGCAGUUGGAACCUGUGGGGUGGAGCCCGGGGAGGAGCUGGUGGAGGCACCUCCCCCAGAGCGCGCCUCAGGUCUCAUGGGCGCUGUGCUCCAGGGACCGGGCUCACUCGGUGCCACCCGGCCCGUGGUUUAGGUCCAUCACUGUUGGCUGGUUUGU